UGACAUUAUGCACGCACCAACCCGCUAUGUCCACUCCUCUCUGGCGGAUCAUCUGCUUAGCCAUUAUCAUCACUGCUCGCUGUAGCGAUUGUUCCGGCUGACACUGGACAAUCGCAGCAGAGAAUUUAAAGCUAAACUGCAGCAAUACGCCGCAAUUCAGUAUCGAUUCUACUUUGAAUGAGUGUUGGCGCUAAAUUUUGCUAUAAAUUCUUCAAAAAUACUCAGUUUGAGCUGUUAAGUGUUACCGUGGACAAGCAACUGAACAGUGCUAAGAAAUAAAAGAGACAACCAAAGAAAAGCUAAGGCUUAAAUUUAACAAAAUAAUAAUUUUUGAUAAGAAAAUACAAAAUAACAAAACAUAAUAUAAAAUGGCAUUGAACGCUGAAGAUAUUGUUGAGAUCAAGAAGACCUGGGCCAUUCCGGUCGCUACACCAACCGACUCUGGCGCAGCGAUUCUCCUCAGAUUCUUCACAAAAUUUCCGUCCAAUUUGGAAAAAUUCCCAUUCCGAGAUGUGCCACUCACGGAACUGAAUAAUAGCGCACGCUUUCGUGCCCACUGUGGCCGCAUUAUCAAGACCUUUGAUCAGUCAAUCAGCCAGCUGGAAGAAGAAGGAGGUCUACAAAAGAUUCAAGAAAUCUGGCAAGAGAUAGCAAGAUCGCAUGUACAGCGCCAUCACAUUGAAAGGCCUGCAUAUUUUGAACUGCGCACAGCCAUUGUAGAAGUACUGACUGAGGCGUGUAACCUGAAUGAACGCCAAGCGGAAGCCUGGAAUAAACUACUCGACAUUGUAUACGACAUCAUCUUCAAGAAGUACGAUGAAUUGGGGGCUCAAUAAUGCUGGAGAAGUUGCAGGAAGGCGGCGGAGUGCUAAAGGAGUGCAUAUGCCAACAAAUCAACACUCAUACGCACACUCAUCACACACACACACGCAUAAGGAAAGUCAUGGGAAAGCAGGCAUGCGAACUCGCAUUUUCCACUAUGACAUUGCGGAAAUUUUGUAUGGCUCACUUUAGUGAACCAACAAUGCGAAUAUCUCCAUUAAAGCACACACACACACACACACACAUUUAGGGAAUAUUAACGUUGACGCUUUAACCUGCUUUUGUAGCGCAAAAGUUUUAUUGUGAAGUUGUAGUAGAAAAAGAAAACGAAGAACACGAAGAAGAAGAAGAAAAAUGCAAAUAUAGAAAAUGUCUUGAAACAUAUCUAAAAAAUUUAUACAGCAACUUGCUUUAUUGUAACGCCAUCCGUAAACUUUAACUCCAUCGCCUUUCCACCGUUGCUGCUGUCUUGAGUUUGAAGCUUUAUUUGUGCUGUUUUUUUCACAAUUAGCUGCUGUGAUUGUUGUUGUUGCAUUUGUAUACCUCCCAUCCAAGAAACUCUAAACGCAUCUGAACUGGCUAUAUUUGAAACAAAUAAAAAAAAAACAACUCCGAUGAACUCUUAAUGUUUCCGUUUACCUCUAUAAACAUUUUUUUUUGCUAAUGGUUUCUAAACUUUGUAAUUUUGUGAAUAACGUAAAAUGUAAGAAAAUAAAUAAAAAUAAAAUAAAAUAUAAAAUGAAUAAAAAUA